GCAUUCAGCCAUUUUUUAUUUAGAAUAUUAACGAAGCGCAUACAUAAUUAUCUUCAUUAAGGUUUAAACUUUAAAUUGAUAUACAAUAAGUGCCAGUUUACAGUACUUUUAUGUCAUAAAAUCAUGCGAGAAGAUCCGAUUCGCUAGACGACGUUGUCAAAUUUUUAAAAAUUGAUAGCGGAAGAAAAAAUCAUUAGUAACUUCUUUUUGACGAACAAUUUACAUACAUAUAUAUAAAUCUAUUAUUACCGUCGAGGAAUGGGUACUUAUCAAUUAUCGCCAAACUUAUUAAGUUUCUUUUAAAAAUCCAACGAAAAUAAUAAAAUUAACAUGUACAUAAUUUGUAAUGCUGGUAAUGGCUUUGGCAAAAAAAUAAAUGUAUCGCAAUUGUAACAAGAAAAUUUAAAUCAUUUAACACAUCAUUCAAAAAUCAUUAUUUCCUAACUUGUAUGAAGCAUAAAAUGUUACAAGAAAUAGUGUUUUUUUUCGAAUGCCUUACAUAUCCGCUUCUUUUAAAUGCAGUGCAGGUUUUCUAUUGUGAUCAUACCGUUGCGCAUUGCGAAGCGAAAUCGUACCGAACAGUACAGUAUUAAUCCAGAUUAAAGAGUCAAUCAUUUAUUACAAUAUAUAUCGUAAUGUUUCUUAUGACAUUUAAAAGUUUUCUUAAUUACGUGUCAUCAAAGAAUGUAUUUUUAUAAAACGACUAGUUGGUUAUUCGGAAGAUCUAGAAUUUGUGUAGCAGCUGAUGUGUAAAGAUGGCCAAGCUUAAUACAAACAAACAGUGACCAACGAUAUAUUAAUUUGAUAGCCUUUCCUGUAUGUAACAAGUAACUGCUAAGAAAGCUUCUAUUGUUGCUAUCAGAAAUGGCAUAUGAUCCACGUAAUGUAAAAUAUUCAUCAGAGAUGCAUAGCCAUCAACAAGACCAGCCUAACAUGACCGGAUAUACAUAUUCUGGGCAUUCUGCACAACAUGUUCAACAAACGGAUGAAAAUAGAAACGAGAACAAUUAUGGGAAUAAAGAAACUUGCACGCAAAUAUCUCAUCAGUCCUCUGGUACACAGACUAUUCAAAAAGUAGAUGCAGCAACCAUGACUGAUCCUCUUCAAAUAGACUUUAGACUUACCUCUGAGUAUCUAGCACGAUGUUCUAGUACAUUGGGGUUACCUUAUGUAUCCAAGUACGAAGAAAAUAUUAAUAAUUCAACUCACAAGUAUCAAGAGAUUCGGCCUAAGAUUGAAUUUGAGGUUGAACCGCAACAUAUCAAUGGAUUGUUAAUUUAUCAGUGCCCAGAAUGUGCGUACAGAUUUGAAGAUCAAGAAGCGUUACACGAACAUGUCGAGGAUCACAGGCAACGACCUCACAUAUGUGAUAUUUGUGGUGCGAGUUUGAAACGGAAAGAACAUUUAGAUCGUCACAAACAGGGACACAAUAAGAACAGACCUUAUCAGUGUAACAUGUGUUGUAAAGCAUUUAAACGAAACGAACAUCUCGCUCGUCAUAUGAUUAUUCAUUCGGGUAGCAAAAAUCAAGUUUGUACAGAAUGUGGGAAAGCAUUUUAUAGGAAAGAUCACCUAAAGAAACAUUUGCAAAGUCAUAACAGUAGUAGAAGUAAAGUUCAAAGCGGUUCACAGAGUACCAGUCAGAAUAACGGUGAAGAAGGAUUGAGUAAUUUUGCGAUGAUAAUGAGGCAAACCGGACCACCUCCGUUUUCUAUUUUGCGAACUUAAUAUAAUUUUACUUUAAUCGUAAAGCAAAGUUGUUUUAUAAUUUAGACAAUUUAAGCGAUCGAUGCAGCGAGCGUUAUUGAAAAACACUUUCACGAUUAUAAAUAGAGUAGUUGUUAACAGUUCUAAAUUUCCUAGUUAUCUAUUAUUAAUCUAAAGAUACUACUUUCAGAUAUAUUCAAAGAUCGGCUCUAAGAUAUUUCCGUACAUUCUGUUUUUCUUUUUUCAUUGUAACAUGCUUGAAAUAUGCACAAUAUUCUUAAAAUAUGAAUACCUGUUAAGUACAGUUCUUUGAAAAUAUUAAAUAUAUAAAAAUUUUUAACGGUUUUAUUUAAAAAGUAUUUAUAUAAAUUAUUCGUGCUUUUAUAUAAAUUAUAGUUAAGUGUAAGCCUAGUACUGUUGAAUUUUUUUCUCUAGGCUUUACAUUGUGGAAGAUAUAUAACGUAUGGUGAUUAUGAAGUAAUUAUUGUUUUUAAAUUUCAUCAGUAUCUUGAUUAGGUAUGUAAAUCUAUAGAUAUUCUAAAUUAAACUAGUCCUUUGAAGAAGACUAAUUUUGAGAUAUUUUCUCUUGUCAGAUAAAUGUGAUAUAAAUACUUUAACGUGCAGUGCACAACUAAUUUCUGUUAUGCUCAAAAUAUUUAAAUGCGUAUUUAUUACAUACGAUAGGUGAAAGAAAGUGAGUAAACAUGAUUUUGCUUUCUCUUCAGAUAACAGUGUCAACCCCUUGGAUGAUGUGCCUAAAAUAACACUAUAACGUAUUUACAUUUUCAUGUAAUUAUGAAAGAAAUAAUACAAAACUAACGCUAAAUAUAGUUUGUAACCAGUGA